AUGCCCCGCGUCCCUCUCGACGUCAUUAUCGAGAUCCUCGGAUACCUCCACCCGCGGGACAUCCUCAGCCUCGCGCAGACAUCCAAGGACUUUCGCGCGCUGCUGUUGAAUCGACAGCAUGCGUUCAUAUGGAAGGCUGCGCGGAAGGCGCUCCCGGGCGGGCUGCCAGAUCCACACCCGUAUAUGAGCGAGCCCGCUCUCGCACAGCUCAUGUUCUCUAGUCACUGCCACAACUGCGGUAAGGGCCGAGUGCGCAAGAUCAUCUGGCGCUGGUUCAAGAAGUAUUGCUCCAAAUGUCUACCCCUUAUGGCGCUGGACGCAUCCGCUGUUCGAAUGCGGAUGAAUGCGAUCGGGCUCUGGCGCGUUCCGGGCAGCGACUUCGGGGCUAUCUUCGACUACAAGCGCUGUGAUAAGCUCGUUGUGUUCAUCCAAGUGCGCCUUUCUCGUACUAGGCCUCGAUACACGACCUGGCAGAAUGAAUUCAACAGCUGCCACGCUCCUCAAGUGCAGCGUUUCGAGCAGGAAUGGCAUGAUGCCGGCGACGAUCUGGAGGCACUCACAAAGCUAUACCGAGACCGUAAGGCGCACGUCGAAGGGGAGAUCAAGUUCGCGGAACAGCUGGAAAACUACGCGGAGGAGGACCGGACGAGCCGAUUAGCAAAGGUGCAGCAGGCGCGAAAAGAUGCACUCCCUGACCUCCGCCGCCGCUUGAAGGAAGUGGGCUGGGGUGUCGAAGCCGAAUACUAUCCCGGGUUCAUUCCCGGUGAUAUUUUCUACGGUCCAGGUCGCCAUUUUUACACGCCAUCAGGAUCGUCGAAACUCACGGACAAAGAAUGGCAAAAGGUGUACCGGUAUCUAGCAGCCCGCUUGAUCCCAUUGCGAUCCAGACGCAUCGACACGUUAUGGGAAAACACCUACGACAAAAUCUAUGCUGCGAUCGUACUCCAUUACACCAACCGACCUCUUGUCCACGCGGGCAAAUCACGCUACACUCUAGAGCACCGGCCUACGGCGAUGGACAUUGCCUGGAUGCAGGAGUGCGAGGAGCUGUUCAUCGACUCGGGUAUCCCUAACGAGAGUGCGUUACGCGCCCACCUCAAUACCGUCGUCGCGCCUCGCGUACCACAGCUAGUCGCGCUCUGGGAAGAGCGCUUCAAGGCGAGACUGCGCGAGCUUGUAUUGGCCGUCGUAUCUCCGGCGGAUGUCUCCAAGGACAUCGAUCCCCUCGACCUUGCUGUCGCCGUGUUCGGGUGUACGUAUUGCGAGAUAUCAUCGGACCCAUACGCACAAGAGCCGACUGCGGUGCUGGGGCCGCCACUCGCUCUACGCUUCCCGGAAAUCCUCGCUCACAAAUGCUUUCACAAGUACAGUCGAUGGUACUCGACGAGCGCGCCGCUCCCCACACAAGCAGCGUACCAACAGCACAUACUCAAGAGGGAACGAGAGCGAGAGAAGCAAAUGCCGUGGCGCCUUUUAACCGCGACUUGCCCUAUAGAUGCGGACCGCAUAUCCCUAGCGGGCGCCCGGAGGGCGUGUGCUGCCCUUCUGGGAGCCAAUUGCGAUCCGAGCCGCAUCACGUUGCAGGAGAUGGAGACAUGGGAUUCGGACGAAGGAAUGUGGAUUCCCCCAGCACACAUGAUUGUCAAAGCCGAGCCGACGACAGCAGACCUUGUCUGGAAUGACGGCAGGAUCGCCGACGCCGGGGCUCAAUCUACUGAUAGUGGACUAUGGGAUGCGCUCUAUAAUGCCUGGUGGGUCUGA